AUGACCCUCUAUCCGGUUGAAUUCCAGAGUUAUAGCCAUCCACCAUUCACAGAGCUUGUUACGCUCGCCAAAGGUAGCGCUCCCAAGCCGGCUGGGAGGCUGAAGACUGUUGUGACGGUUGAGGUUGUGCUUGUUGUUGUUGUUGUUGUUGCUGCUGCUGCUGUUGCUGUUGCUGUUGCUGCUGAGCUGCUGCUGCCGCGGCCGCUGCUUGUUGUUGCUGAGGUUGGGGGGCGGGCGUUUGGGUAUGUCUUUGUUGCUGCUGAUGUUUUCGUUUUUGGCUCUGGUGCUGCGCCUGCGCAUGUACAUGUUGCUGUAAGCUGUGUUGCUGCUGAGCUUGCUGCUGGUCUUGGUGAUGUUUUUGCUGGGGGGUGGGUUGGGUUUGCGGCGUUUGGUGUUGCUGUUGCUGUUGCUGUUGUUGCUGCUGCUGCUGCUGCUGAGCCUGAGCCUGCUGCUGCUGUUGAACUUGUUGUUGUUGGUGUCUCUGCCGCUGAUGGUGAUUUUGAAUAUGUUGUUGGUGUUGGAGAUGUUGUUGCGGUAAUUGGUGAGGAUGUUGCUGAGACUGUGGCUGUGGAUGUUGUUGCUGGGAGAGAGAGUGAGUCAACUGAUGUGAGUGUUGACGAGAUAGAGCCUGUUGUUGCUGCUGCUGCUGUUGCUGUUGUUGAUGGUGCUGUUGCUGCUGCUGCUGCUGAGUCUGUGGAAGAGUUUGAUGAGGUUGUUUCUGCUGCGGGAUAUGAUGCUGCUGUUGUUGCUGCUGCCGCCGUCGAGCAGCAGCCUGAUGUUGCCCAUGCCCGUCAUGCGGUCCCCGUACGCCCGAUAAAUGAACCUCCUGCCCAUGCAACACAACCUUCCCGUCCGCGUCUUGGCUGGGGCUCUCGGACGUCGUCACGUCUCCACCACUAUGUGGAUGCGGCUGUUGCUGCUGCUGUUGCUGAUGGUGCUGAUGGUGCUGACUCGGAUGAUGAUGCUGUUGCUGCGGCUGCGGCUGAGGUGUCGGUACCGGCUCAUGCCAUUGAUUGUGGCCCUGCUGCUGCUGCUGUUGCUGGUGCUGCUGCUGCUGGUGAUGCUGCUGACGGGAUGAGAGGAGUCGUGGACGGGACGAGCGAGAGCGACGAGACGCCAGCGGCGAAGGCAAAAAAAGGGACGGGAAAAAACAACAAGCACAACAAGAACAGAGAAACGGGGCAAAAAAAGAACGAGGAACCCCCGGCAGGGAGAGGGAAGAAAGAGAAAAGAAAAGGGAGAGGGCGGGAAGAGGACACUUUGGGCGGGCUCUCGAGCUGCUUGAACUUGUCUGCGUGUCCUGGACGGCUGCUCGUCGGUGUUUCUUUUGGCCUGGAGGAGUUGAAACUUCGCGAUGUUCUUCGUUAUUUUUUUUUUUUUUUUUCCUGUUGGCGGCAAAAAAGUGUCAAGGUAAGGUUAUUAUUAAAAAAAUAUGGAGUCUGGCUCUGCUUCGUCGUCUCUUCCGCUGCUUCGACUCUGGGUUCCCCUUCUGUUUUUCUUCUUUGCUUUUUCCUCCCUGUUGUCUGGCUGGCGGUUCGUCUUGCGUGUCUUUUUGGGGCUUCUUGCGUCUCAGGCACGGCAGGCGAAGGUCGUCCAAGGGCACAGCAGAGGGACAGCGAGGGCGAGAGGAGCGGGAGCAGGGCUCGAGAGGCGACGGUGAUCGAGCGAUGGAUGCCAGUCGAGGGAAAAAGACAAAAUAGAAGCGUCUCUCUGGGCUUUUUCGUCCUUCUUCUCUUUUUCCCUUCUUCUUUGCUUUUUUGCGCGACGGUGGGCUUAUUUGCUUUUGCGAACGAAGGGCCCCUGGUACUGUACGCACGGCGAGAACCGUUGAGCUUGUGGUCGGCUCGGGCUGGCUGGCUGGCUGGCUGUCUGCCUGGCGCUGGCUCUGGCUCCGGUCGUCUGCUCGAGUGGCCGGUGGGCGAAGUUGACGUUGGCGGUUGGAGGUUGAGGUUGAGGUUUUGA